AUGGACAGCCCCGACCCCUCCGGCGGCCACUCACGUCACCCACAUCGCAGGGUCGAGGAUGCUGACUUGGGGAGUGUCGCCUACUUCAAUGAAAUCCAGCAACGUACCCAAGACCGCCACAGAGAGCGAGUUGCCCAACACAGAGAGCAGACUGGCGACCGCGAAUCCAUGCCCGCUGCCCCUAUCAUCAUUAGGGACGAUGAGGAUGACGAAGAAGACGUCGAUGCCACGGUCAAAAAAGGGAUGGAUGACGACAUCGCUCAGAACUUUGACAUUGCUGAGAACUUGGAUAUUGAUGACUCCAACGUGGAGAACUCCGAAGAUGACGAUUCAGACAUCAACAUGAAUGACGCUGAAUUUGACAGCGACGACCCUAACGACCUCGACUUUGACAUCAACAACCUCGACAUUGACAUCGAUGACCCUCAUAGCGUUGAUGUCUCCGAUACUUUCCCCGAUGCUUCCUCUGAUGAUUUCUCCGAUGCUUCCUUGGAUGGUUCCUCAAAUGGUUCCUCUGAUGAUGCUCCUGGUGUUGUUGCUGGUACCCAUGCUGGCGCUCGUUCUCCUACUCGUGAUAGCGCUCAUGCUGGUGCUCGAUCUCGUACUCAUGCUGGCGCUCAUGCUAGUGCUCGAUCUCGCACUCAUGCUGGUGGUCAUGCCAGUGCUGAUUUGAGCAUCCGCAACCCACCAGUCGCCAUUGAGGAAAGGGUCUCAUCAUACAAACUCCGUUCAUCUAACAUCAUAAUCAGAAUCGGCGAUUUCAUCGAGACAGGUCACCAGCAUGAUUCGUUAUACAACGGCCGCUUCAUGCUUGUCAAGCUCAUUUAUGUUGGUAGUUGUGGCCAAGUGAUCUUCCGUGGUAUCCCUUAUACCCGUACCCGCAAUCUAUGUGGCAUGGUUGAAGCUUUACGCAACGAGUUGGUCGAGAUCAUGGACAUUGAUGAGAACGAUGACCGUGAUUGGGACGAGCAAGCCCAAGUUCAAGUCGCAGCUGACACGGUUGAGCGCAAGCGUGACUUCAGGGUGACCAACACACAAUGGCCUGAGAAAGCCACCCAGAGGAUCUUGUUUAAUGGAAACUUGGAUUUCAUUGAAACCUACGGACCUGUGGUUUGCCGUUGGAGAAUGGUGACUCAUUACCGCACGGCUGCACUCCGACAAGUUAAGAGAGCCAUCGGUCGUACCUUGUAUCACCUGCGUGAGGACGACCUUGACGACCCUUUGUACGCUCACCUACCCAUUAUGAACCGACCCCGCGUUCCGGAGGAGACAAAGCUCAAUAGCUGGCGAGGUGCCAAGGCUCGCGGUGGUUCUUACAACAACGGCUCCAUUGGCCAUGGCGAAAUUGAUUUGGACGAGGACGCUGCUGCCCGUGAGCAGCCCUUUGAAGUUGCUAAGGGUCAAAAGUACACGUUCGCUGACAUAUUCUGUGGUGCUGGCGGUGCUUCAUGUGGCGCCCGGGCUGCUGGUGUCAAGGUUCAUAUGGCUUGUGACAUCGAUGAGCGCUCAGCCGAAACUUAUCGCAUGAAUUUCCCAGAAACGACCAUGCACCUGCGAAACGUCAGUGAACUUAUUGGUGACAUGAGGGUGAAGGAUCAGCGCAUUGAUAUGCUGCACAUUUCCCCUCCUUGUCAGUUCUGGUCACCUGCCCAUACCUCCCCAGGACAAGACGACAAUGCAAACAGAGACAUCCUCUGUUCUGCACAUGACAUUAUCAACAAGUUCCGCCCACGAAUUGUAACAGUGGAGCAAACAUACGGCAUCCUAUAUGGCAGACACAUGCAGGCAUUCCAUCAGCUCCUACUAUGCUUUACUUCACAGGGCUACUCCAUCACCUGGCGCUACAUCGUCCUGGCCGAUUGGAUGGUCCCGCAACCUCGAAAACGCCUUGUCAUGGUCGCUUCAUGUCCUGGGGAUUUCCACCCAGUUCUUCCUGAACCAUGCCCAGUUCCUCCCACCGUUAACUGCGUUCUCUCGGAGAACAUCCACCCCGAUUCGACUCAUAACGACCCUAACCAGCUUAAUAUUAGCAGUCGAUACCCCAGGCCUCCCUGGAAUGGCAACGGAAUUUUGCGCAAUUCACUAACCUGUAAUUGCAAUGAUUCCAAGAACUACCACCCCUCCGGCCUGCGCCCCUUCACGGUGCGCGAAUAUGCGGCCCUACAGACGUUUCCCGGGGACUAUUGGUUUGUGCCUGUCGUCUCCCACGCCAAGAAGCAGGUGGGCAAUGCCUUCCCGCCCAUCGCCGUCGAGUAUUUAUACGGCCACCUCCUGGAGCAGCUCCGGGAGGAAGACAAUGUCUUCCUCCCGGGGGAAGACGGCGAGGGCGACGAGGACGACGAGUAG